AUGCCUGGAUAUUUCAGGAUGAGCAGCAGUGAUCUAUGUACGCGCAAGAAGUGGGACAUCAAAAUGGCGCUCAAUGGUCUUCAUCUAAGAAGAUCCGAACUGGCGCGAGAUUGUGUGCAGAAGAACAUCAAUGAUGCGACCAUAUCCGAAUCGAUAUUGGAUCCAGACGAGUUGAAAUCGUGUCCGUUCAAUCCAUGCCAGGUUUCCAUUCGCCCCAGGAAACAAGCGGAAAAAACGCUCUUCAAAAAGCUCCAGAAAGACCAUUUCGAAAAAGAAGAGAAUGUGUCCGAUAAAAUCAUGAAGGCAUAUCGAAUUAGGAGAAUUUUCUUAAGUAUCAAUCUUUUUUUACAGGCACUCAGUUGUCGCAAAGACACGAAGUUGUGGCACAAACAGUGUUCAGAAAUCGCUAAAUGUUGCCCGUUGACUGAAGAUUGUAAAGUAAACGCCAAAGAGAUAAUGGAACAAAUCCACGACGAGCGACGAAAGCUUCGAGAGCUAAUCGCAAACUGUGAUUAG